CAAAUUACAACUUUUGGGUCGAGCGCGUGUGGAACACUCCCACUUAAGGUAUCGUCUCUAAAAGGAGAAAUCCAUAUAUGAAUACAAUAUAAUCCGUUAUUAAUUAAUUCCCAAUUGAAAUUAAGAGAAAAAUAAAAUUAAAGGAAAAAAAAAAAAAAAAAAAAGGGAAUCCGGCCAUGUACUUUGAUUCGCGCGCACGAACAUAUAUAGAUACGCGUAUACAGCGGUGAUAUCUAUAUAUCUUUGCACGAAUUGGGAGGUUUCUUCUGGGUGCGUGCAGCGGCCGCGACUCAGAUCUGAGUUCUUAGGAUUUGUGGAAAUUAUUUACCUCAGACGUAAUUAUUGAGAAAUGGCAGAUGGAAUGUCAAGUUUCUGGGGGCCUGUCACAUCUAAGCAGGACUGGUGUGAGCCGAAUUAUAAAUACUCUUCCUAUUUUGCCGAACUUUUCAACACCAUGUCUAAUGUUCCAUGCAUCCUUUUAGCACUGAUUGGUCUUGUGAAUUCACUGAGACAGCGCUUUGAGAAAAGGUUCAGUGUCCUUCACAUAUCAAAUAUGAUACUUGCUAUUGGGAGCAUGCUAUAUCAUGCCACGUUGCAGCGGCUGCAACAACAAGGAGAUGAAACACCUAUGGUGUGGGAAAUGCUCCUCUACAUCUACAUCCUCUACUCUCCGGAUUGGCAUUACCGAAGCACAAUGCCCACUUUCUUGUUCCUCUAUGGACUAGGAUUCGCAUUUGCACACUCGCAACUCCGAUUCGAUAUCGGUUUCAAGGUGCACUACGCCCUUCUCUGUCUUCUCUGCAUUCCCAGAAUGUACAAGUACUACAUUUACACAGAGGACAAAUCCGCAAAGCGCCUCGCAAAACUUUACGCGGCAACUCUUUCUCUCGGCACUCUCUGCUGGCUAGUUGACCGUCUAUUGUGCAAGGGCAUCUCAAAGUGGUACUUUAAUCCACAAGGCCAUGCCUUGUGGCAUAUUUUCAUGGGGUUCAACUCGUACUAUGCUAACACAUUCCUCAUGUACUGCCGUGCUCAACAAAGAGGGUGGGUCCCACAAGUGAAGCACUUUCUGGGUUUUUUCCCCUAUGUGAAGAUCGAAAAACCGAAAGCCCAGUAGAAAGUUGGGGGACAUUUCGUGAUGGUUGGUAAAAAAAAAAAAGUUGUCGUGAUUCAUUUUUGUCUUUUCUUUUUUCGGUUUGAAGAAUAUUAUGUAAAUGAUGAUAGAUGGGGAGUGAUUUGGUUGAUUGGUAGUGGUUAAGUUUUUGACUGUAAAAAUAGCUGUGUUUUUUGGUAAUGUAGCAUAUUUAUACACUCCCACUGAAAAUUACUUGAUCUAGGUAUAAUUUGUUGGAUUUCUAAUCUUUGAUUUUUCGUUUUUGA